UCGAAAAGUUCUGAACGCCUUUCGAUUUUUUUCGUUUUUUCUGGAAGGCGACCCCCACUACGUUCGGAUCACGCCACAUUCUUUUACGCGAGGUAAAAUAACGACCACGAGUCGACGUUUCUGGAAGUCGCCCUGCUUAAUGAAUCAUGCGCUUGCCACUACAAUGUUUGUUUGCCGGGCAGACGCGACGGUCCGUCUGCGACAUUAUAGUGCCGCGAUCGAUAGUUAAGAAUAUGACCUAUGAGUACUUUCCAAAAUACGCCGAGAGUAUUCCUGAUGGUGAAACGAGCGUUGCUUCAUCGAACGCAGCUAAAGAAAACAACAUCUAUGUAGUUGGUGGUACGAUGCCUGAAAUAGAGGGCGAUAAAUUGUACAAUACCUGUACUAUUUGGGGUCCCGAUGGAACUUUGAUAGCAAAACACCGAAAGGUACAUCUAUUCGACAUCGACAUUCCUAAUAAGAUUACUUUUCGAGAGAGUGAUUCACUCAGUCCUGGUAACUCCCUAACGACGUUCGAUGUGAAGGGCUGCAAAAUAGGUAUUGGCAUUUGCUAUGAUAUUAGAUUCGAGGAAAUGGCACGCAUUUAUCGGAACAAAGGUUGCCAAAUGCUGAUAUAUCCAGCGGCAUUCAAUAUGACCACUGGACCACUGCACUGGUCAUUACUUCAGCGUUUCAGAGCGAAUGAUAAUCAAUUAUACGUUGCCUGCAUAUCACCGGCUCGUGUUCCUUAAGCAAGUUACGUCGCAUGGGGACAUACACAGUUGACCAAUCCCUGGGGAAAGAUUCUUUACGAUUUGGAAACUCAAGAGAAUAUGGCAGUCACCGAUAUCAAAAAAAAAAAAAAAAAAAAAAAAAAAAAAAAAAAAAAAAAAAAAAAAAAAAAAAAAAAAACUGGCGAACCGUGUGUUACCACAACGAG